UCUCUCUCCCUCUUUCUCCCUCCAGUGGCGAAACCUUUCACUAAACCUGUGUUGUGUGUGUUUAUUUAGUUGCCGUGUUAUUCAGGAAUGGGUGACAUGAGAAGAGCCACCGCUUUGGGGUCGCUUUGUGCACUUUUUCUGUUGACUUUGUGUUUUGCACAAGACACUCUUUGGCACUAAACGGACUUUCUGUCGACUUCAGCUUCAGCAGGAAGUUUUCAAUUGUGAGAUAUGACUUCAGAAAAUAAAGAUUCAGACACCAUGCCGGACUCCCUGCUCAUCCAGGAGAGUGGGGAAGUGUACAGAAACCCCACUGAAGUGCAGAUGAGUCAGAUCGUGCUGCCCUGUCAUGCCAAUCACUGUGGGGAGCUGAGUGUUGGACAGCUGCUCAAGUGGAUGGACUCCACAGCCUGUUUAUCUGCUGAGAGACAUGCAGGUUGUUCCUGUAUCACUGCAUCGGUGGAUGACAUUCAUUUUGAACACACCAUAGGGGUAGGAAAGGUUGUUAAUAUCAUCGCAAAGGUCAACAGAGCCUUUACGUCCAGUAUGGAGGUGGGCAUUUUAGUGACUUGCGAGGACCUUUACACUGACAGGCAGUGGAAGGUUUGCCACGCCUUUGCCACCUUUGUUGCCAGAAGGACAGAAGCUGGGAAGGUACAGCUGAAGCAGGUGAUUCCUCACACACAAAUGGAGCAGAUGGAGUACAGCCUGGCAGCAGAGCGGAGGAGGAUGAGGCUCAUCCACGCUGAGAUUAUCACAGACCUACUGAGCAGCAGCACAGCUCAGCUGGGAGAAUGCCAGGAGUAUCAGGACGCUGUGCCAGCUGAGCGGACACGUGUUGAGAGUGUAGAGCUGGUGCUUCCGCCCCAUGCCAACCACCAAGUCAGCACUUUUGGGGGCCAGAUUAUGGCCUGGAUGGAAAAUGUGGCUACAAUUGCAGCAAGUCGCCUGUGUAACGCUCAUCCAACCCUGAGGUCCAUAGACAUGUUCCAUUUUCGUGGCCCGUCUCACAUCGGCGACCGACUGGUACUGAAAGCUAUUGUUAACAAUGCUUUCAAGCACAGCAUGGAGGUGGGAGUUUGUGCUGAGGCCUACCAGGGUGGAGAACCUCUGCGCCACAUAAAUAGUGCCUUUAUGACCUUUGAGGUGCUGGACAGUGACAGGAAACCAUGCACGCUGCCACGGAUACGACCUGAGCCUGUGUGCCCUGAGCUACAGUACAUCAUUGCUGUACUUCAUGUUUACAGGAAAUAUAUCAUCUCCUGCAAGCAAACUGAAGUGCCCUUGUCUGUUCCCUGGGAUCCAAGUAACCAGAUGUACCUGAGCUACAACAAUGUCUCAGCGCUGAAAUUAAUGGACAACAGGAACAACUGGGUGUUGGCUUCGGAGAAAAAUAAGGUCAGAUUGUACACACUGGAGGAAAACCAAAUGCUGUGUUUCAAGGUGGAGAUGAACGUCAGAGUCUCGGCAGAGCAGACGUUCCAUCUGCUGUCAGACCUGAGGAGGAGAAAGGAGUGGGACCAGCAUUAUGAGGAGUGUGAGGUGAUCAACCAGGCAGAUGAGGAGGACACCAUCUAUCGCGUAGCUACACCCUCUGUCACUAAAGGGGGAAAGGGGAAGGACUUCAUCUUGCUGGCAUCUAGACGGAAGCCCUGUGAUUCCAGAGAUCCGUAUCUGAUCGCUCUACGUUCAGUCACUUUGCCCACUCACCCGCCCACGGAAGAGUACACGAGGGGAGAGGUGCUCUGUGCUGGCUUCACAAUCUGGGAAGAGUCCAGUUCUGUUACCAAGAUCACCUACUACAACCAGGCCACACCAGGUGUCCUCCCCUACAUUUCCACAGACAUUGCGGGCCUCUCCUCGAGCUUUUACAGCGCCUUUUCGGCCUGCAGCCAAUUCCUGCUGGCCAACAAGGAUAGCUUGGCUGCUCUGCCGCCCUCUGUGCUGUGACACCAGUAUUACCACAGUCUACUGAGACAACAAGAAGCAUCAGGAGGAAAGAACAGGAUCAGCCCUCUUUGUUCGUCCCAUUUCUUGUAAAGGUGCCAGUAAAGUCCAACGCUAACUUUGAAAUGCUGAGAUUAUAAAAGGCAUUGGGUUUGUAGAAGCUUCUACUUGUUUGCAGCAGUAAUAAUGGUGCAGUAACGGUACACUAUAUUUUGAAUGUUGGAUUUGAAUCCUCUUAGAGCCUAAACCUUCUGUGCAAUAUUAAUUUAUAGAUGAAUGGAUCAGUUUUUGGUACGUAGUUUAAAAUAUUUAACAGAAUCUCAUUGUUUAUCUCUAGACAGCCAUGUUUUUAUUGGCACGGCCAGUUGUUACGAAAAAAAGAAAAAUUGAAAUGUUCAGUUUUCUUUGUGUAUUUUGUAUCACCUCGAAUAAAGUCUGAACUGUUGAUUAAACCUUCGAAUGAUGGAGCUAAUAUGUACAUUUCAUGUGUAAUGCUGUAUAUUUUUUCUAGUCCACAAUGUAUAGUUUUGCACAAAUGUAAUUGAACUGAUUGUGUCGUAUGUGGACGUUUGAUGGUCAAGAAUCUUAAAUCAUGAUUGAACUGAAACAAUAAACUUAAAAUGUGAUUGUGCUUAU